AGUGAAGUUUCAUUUUUGAAUAAAUCAAAUUCGAUCGUAUCAUAACAGAAUAAAAAAAGGUUUUUUAACAUUGAAAUUGAAGAUGAAAACUUUUGAGACUAAAGUUUGGUAUCUUAAUAAUGCGAUUUUGGCGAAAGAUCCGGAUAGGAGUUAUUUUUUGAACCCCCAACAACAUUUUGGGUUAUACCCCAUGGUUUUGCCGAUGAGGGAGGAGUUGAUGAAUAUCAAUCUUUUAAAUCGAUGCAAUCGAAGGCAAAGGUUGAGGAGGCAAUAUGUUGAGGAUUUUUUGGAUUUGGAGAAACAAUUAAGAGAGGUCGGUUUGGCUCUACUCGAUUAUUAAUUUAUUUCGAAUUAAUGUGAUUAAAUUAAAAUAAAUUUUUGGUGAUUUUUAUCUUUUCCCCCUCCACCUCUAUCACUACCUUGCAUUUUCCGGGGGAACCCCCCUGGAUACACCUCGAGAGUCGCGGCAAUUAUUGUCACAUUUAAAGUUAUCCCCCGGACGCGCGAGGGUGGAUGCGUGACGACGACGACGACGGCUGUGGUGGUGGUGAUUCGGGUGUAUUACACGUGGCAUCCCGGAAAACGCACGCGGUUCUAACCAACUCGAAUUAUCGCCGGAUUAGUGAUUCACUGAACAAGACCGAGACGAGAGGGUGCAACACGUUUUUCUAUUAUUAUCAUCUCCGUAGUCGCGCGGGAAACUUUGAGGGGUUGAAACAUCCCCUUGAUAAAAAUAAAGUGUUUUAAAAAAAGUUAUUAGUGGUUCAAAAAUUUUAAAGAUGAACGAAGCUAAUUUACAGCAAUCUCCACCUCAACCCCUCUCACUUCCGGGGAAAUCCACAAAAACAUCUUUAUCGGAAUUAAGAAACACCGAUUUAGUUUCAAGAUUACUCGCAGCCACACCUCCUUAUUUAUAUAACAUUCCUUUAACACCAAAUAGUUAUUUCUUCAGCGAGAUGUUGAGAUCUUUAGUUCAAGCGAAAGCUGAGAAUUCCCAAAGGCAACCUUGCGGAAUGUCCGGAGUUGGCCAAAAACGCGCCAGAAAAAGAUCUUGGACCCAAUCAUCAAGAAUUAACGAAUUUCAACAACACCAACAACUUUUAGAAGAAAGCGUCAACAACAAAGAACGACCAUUAGAAUUAACAAUGGGAAAAAACUUACCAACGACCUCAAUGAGUCAAGAACAACAAAAUUUUUUCGCUAAUCCUCAACCAUCAUGCGACCAAAACAUGAUGUUACCACCAGUUUUACCCCCAGUUUGGUAUCCCCCGAUGUACCACCCAAGUAAUCCAACAAAUCCUUACGGAAUAGAUCCGUUACAUUUCUUCAUAGAUCUUAGAGUUUCCGGUCACAUUUACGACCGAAAAAUGAACAACCACCAAGAAAUGUUACAUUCUUACCAACAAAAUCAAAAUCAACAACACGACGAAGAACAACAACGCAAUAAAAUCGAACGAACCGAAACAGAUUCAAGACAAAGAGAAGAAGAAAAUUUAAACCCACUAAAUUAUUUCCGAGUCAACAAACACUCCUCGGCUUUUUCCGUUCCAAAUCAAAAAAAUCCAAUGAAUUUAAGCAAAUUUGAAACAACGGAAACAAAGCCGACUAAGUUUGAUGUGAAAUCGAUGGGUUUUGAGAAAAAUGAAAAUAAAAUUGGAUCGCAUUAUAUCACGAAGAAUAUUCGUAAAAUUUACGAUGAAGUUAAAAGUAAGGAGGAGGAGAAUAAAGUUGAAAGUAAAGUUGAAGUGGAAGAGACGAACGACGAGGAGGAGAAGGAGAAAAAAAGGGUGAACGAUUUAAGGGCUUUGAUUGGAUUGGAACUCGUUGUUGAUUAUAUGGAACAUUCAAAACCGAAUGAAAAUAAAGCUACUUUUGAAGAUUCUAGUUCUACGGAUGUUGAUGAUUCAGUUGGGAGCCCUUCCGUUGAUGUUGAAAUGUGUCACGAUGAAGAAACAACUUAAAUUAUUCAUAUUUAUAGUUAAAACGUUAAUAAAUCUUGGAAAUGUAUUAAUCUAGUCAAGAUAAUGUUAUUGAUUAAUUAAAAUCGUAUGUAAUGUAAUUGUAAAUGUCUAAUGAGGUUGACUUUUUGAUUUCUUAAUAAAUUAAUGUGAAUUA